UAACGGCCCGGUCACACUGGUCGCCAGCCAAUUCCGUUGUGCGUGUGUGUUUUUAAGUUCCUGCCUUUUAAUUCAUGAUUUUUUGCUAACUUGACUACAAAUUGAAGAGCGACGCGACGCCCAGGAAUCCAAUAACCAAUUGCCAAAGUGUCCUCCCCGCCGAGUACCCAAAAACGAUAGAUAAGCUGAAACUGCCAACAUGAGCAUACCCAACGAAUAUAUAGCGAAAACGGAGGAUGUGGCGGAACAGGUUAUCAAGCGCGGGAAGAAUGUGUUGCCCACAGUGGCUCGAUUGUGCCUCAUCGCCACCUUCUUUGAAGAUGGCCUGCGCAUGUACUUUCAAUGGAACGAGCAGCGCGAGUACAUGGACAUGAGCUGGGGCUGCGGCAAAUUUCUGGCCACCGUGUUUGUACUGGUCAACCUGCUUGGACAGCUGGGCGGCUGCGGCAUGGUGAUGGCCCGGUUCAAGGUCGACAUAGCAGUGGGUCUUCUUUUCUUUAUCGUAGUGUUGCAGACUGUGGCCUACUCUAUUCUGUGGGACUUCCAGUUCUUGCUACGUAACUUUGCGCUCAUUGGAGCCCUUUUGCUAGUUCUAGCCGAAGCUAGGAUAGAGGGGCGUAGUCUGUUCGCCGGCGUGCCAUCGAUGGGUGAGAACAAGCCCAAGAACUUCAUGCAGUUGGCUGGCCGCAUACUGCUGGCCUUCAUGUUCAUCACUUUGAUCCGGUUUGAGCUGAGCGUAUGGCAAGUUAUUCAGGACAUCAUAGGAUCCAUUCUUAUGGUGUUGGUCGUGCUUGGAUAUAAGACCAAGCUGUCCGCGUUGAUCCUGGUCGCCCUGCUCACUAUCCUGAACCUGUAUCACAAUGCCUGGUGGACUAUUCCGUCCUACAAGCCACUCAGGGAUUUCCUGAAGUACGACUUUUUCCAGACUCUGUCAGUUAUUGGUGGUCUUCUAAUGAUUGUGUCCUUGGGCCCUGGUGGCGUUUCUAUGGACGAGCAUAAGAAGAAGUGGUAGAUGCCAUCCAACAGGCGUUCCGUGCACGAAACACUUUCAACAAUUGACUUUUACCGUGUUUUACUCUUUCCGAGAUAUGUUAGUUAGGAUUUACCAUAAAAUGGGACAACAACAGGAGCAGCAUCAGCAGCACAACACCGGCACGUAUAAGAACUUUACAAAUUUUUAAUAAAGGGACUUCCGCAAUACCCCCUUCAGCACUGGCUCACUCAUAGGGAUCAGCCCAACCCACCCCCAUCAUUCGCGCACAUUCAACGACCAACUUCGACUACAUUUAAGACAUUUUCUUUUUGUACAUAACGAGAAAGCAAGAAAAAAAGUGUGGCCCCUUUCGAGCCCUUCCCAUAUGAGAGACAUAACUGAUUUUUUUAUCUACGCUUGUCAACAUCCAUAUUUUUCGCCGAUUUUUUAUUUGAUUUGUACUCUCUUAUAAAUAAGUUGUAACCUUGGUGUUUGCGUUUUGUUGUUUACUAGAAGUUUGAAAAUGAAACCGAUGUAUAAAAUAUGAUGUACCAAUUGACAAUGAUUUGUUUCUUUCGUUUAUAAGCAAAAGUGUAAUAGAAUUAAAUUGUAACGUUUUAAUAAACAUAAAGACAAAAACCUGAA